CUUCCCAGGUAGAACGAAUUGCGAUAUUGAAAGGAUUUUUUUUGCCUAAUGUUUUAUGUAUUGUUGUAUAAUAAGAAUAAAUAUGUUAUGGACUUUACCUCUAGUGUUCAUGUUUCUGAAUAGAAUUAUACACAUAUAAUUCUGUUCUGAAACAAGAACACCAGUGGUGAAAAUCCAUAACCAUCAUCUUAUUAUCGUUUCGGGCAUGCUCUGUUCCCAACAGUAUCCCCUCCCCGGGUAAAUCACUGCUUAGACCAAUAUAUAGGGGUAAUAGAAAUUCAGAGGAACACGCCCGUGUUGUUUAUACCCUCUCCAUGCAAAAAGUCAACUCGGUCUAGAAUCUAGAUUCAGCUGGCCAUAUCGCAUUACGGGCUGCCAGAAAGAGACGCAGUCAUAAUUAGGGUUCGCGUUUGAAAACUUGACCACUUGAAGACCUACGUCACGCCUUGCAAGCUAACCAAAUAAAAGAGGAUUGUCCACUUUCGUUUGUUCAGUGCUUCUGACGACAGCAUCCCACGUACGAGGCUCAACUUCAAGGGCGGCUCAAGCACAACACAGACCCAACCGACGUCAACCGUAACUUUGAAGUGUGGCACUCGAAAAUACUUCAAAGUCCUCCCUUAGCUGUCCUGGACUACGCCGAGGAUGGAGUAUCGUCGACACCCACAAGAUAGGUUGGGUCCAGCAGACGAAUCCGUACAAGAUUGGAUCAACAAUGUUUCUCGCGAUCUGUGGUCACACACGGCCUCUUCCUACGGCGCCUCACCAACGUCAGAUGUAAAUACGACGGCUGCUUAUUCAGGAGGUGCGUAUAUUCCAGGAACAAGCGGGGAUUAUUUUACCAAUUCCGCUCGUCCAUGGAUUCCACAAUAUGACGAUCAUUACGCUGAAAGCAUCGGGACAUCACUAGAAACCCCACCCAUGGUGUUUGAAGACGAGGUAGAAGACUCCGAUGUAGUCGACCAAAAUAAGCUGCCACCCGAAUUGUCUCUAUGCGAGCCCUUCAGCCGAGCAGCGCUUACGGAAGUGUACUCGUUGCCAGAUAUGGGAGCCACGUGCACGUCCAGCCACGAAGGCGCAAAAGCGACGAGAGGGAAGAAGAAGAAGAAGAGGGAGAGUUGUUCUUAUAGUCAUCCUCGGCCGGAUGCAGUGGUCGACAUUCCCGAGAGACUGGACACAGAGACGGGAUCGCUUCUAGAAAAUCCGGCAGGAAACGCCGCCUAUCCGGAGCCGGAGAUACUCCCGUCUCUAGAGGUACUAAAGGCCUUACCCUUUACCACUGGGAUGGAUCCUCUGCGAAUCGUACACGCUCCUGGAAGCAGAAACUCUCGCGGUCCCUUCUUCUGGGAGUUCCUCCUUCGACUGCUAGCCGACACGAACAGCAACCCGUCGCUGCUGUCCAUGGAGAACACGUCCAAGAUGAUCGUAUGCUUUCGGGACCACUACCAAAUCGCCAAAUUAUGGGGGCUGCGGCAGGGCAAGGACAAUUUGAGUUACCCCCACUUCUCUCGGUCUCUCAGGUGGGGUGGAAGCGCAGAAACUGUAACGUUCCGUCGUGGAAAUGUUCCGCGCGAGAUGCUCCCUCGAUACUGUAACCAAAUACUGCCUAGACUUUCCCUGAAAAAAAGAAGAAGAAGAAAAAGCGGGACACCAUAUCUUAUAAACUAACCAUAGAAUCUUCUUGAAAAUAAUUUCAUUAUGUUUCCCAAACUCAAAUAUCCUCAGGUUACCUGUACCCAGGGUCAUGGCAAAAAAACCGUGGCUGGUGCAGUACUAUAGUACUAUACAUCUCGAGUAUUUGCCUCUCGGCGACUUUCAUCCCGAAGUGGUGGGUAGUGCCGUCAGUGCACCUUACGGGGUGCACUGUAGGCAUUACCAAAGGUUCUUUGCAGGGUCUCAUCGGUCCCCAGCUGCUCAUAUAUUUUUGCGUCUUGUUUUUCGAGAAAAUGCGUUUUACAUCGGCUUUUAAAAAAGAUGGAAGUUAAAAUAUUUUAUUUCUUAUGACGAGAAUUCCAUAAAAUGACGACGAAACGAUUUAACGUUGAAUCUAUACCUCUCUCUGGUCUCUGUUUGGGUGCAGAGACCAGAGAACCAUACCAGGCAUCUAAUCCCCUAACACAUUACGUCACUUAGAAAUGAAUGAAUGGAAAGUUACGCCAUAUUAUGGCCAGGGAGCAAAUUCCUGAGAUGUAUGCUAGUAUUGCACCAGACCCAUUUCUCUCUCUCUCUCUAUUUUCAAGAAAGUUCUAUAGUUAGAUUGUUUAAGAUACGGCGUCCCUCGCUUUUUCAGGGAUAGGUCGCGCCAAGGUAUAUUCUAUACCUUGGGUCGCGCUAUACUGGUUACAUUCAGGGAAGACGUCUCUCUCUCUCUCUCUCUCUCUCUGAAUGUGAAUAAAAUUCAUUUCCUGUAUAUACCAUAAAUGAACAUUUGGUAAAUGAUGUGUGUGAAUGUAAAUCAAACUUUUUUUUUUCUGGAUGGUGGCAGAUAAACACGCACACACACAGCCACUAUUCACCUCUCUACAAAAAGCUCAAUUUUUAAUGCGUCUCAUUAAUUUCUCUCUCUGAAUGUGAAUAAAAUUUAUUUCCUGUAUAACCAUAAAUGAACAUUUGGUAAAUGGUGUGUGUGUGUGUGUAUGUGAAUGUAAAUCAAACUUUUUUUUUUUUUUGGAUGAUGGCAGAUGAACACACACACAGCCACUGUCCACCUCUCCGCAAAAGCUAUAUUUUUAUUACGU